AGUAUUCGUUUGGUCUGUGGUAGUAUUAUCUACUCUUUGGUAUUAUCUAUUGGCGUUGUUAGAUUUUAGAUUAUUUGAUAUUUUAAUAAAGGUGAAAUAAAUGUUGUUAAAAACAGAAGAAAUAAGCAUUUUGUAGAAAAUGGCUAAAGAGAGCGAUAUGUCUCUAUUUAACGAUGUUUUAGAACCGUUCAGAAGAGUUAUUAAUACUGACCCACCGAAAGACAAGUUAUCGGCGUCUUCAAAAUUAAAUUUUUCUGACAGCAACCAGUCUAUCAAGGAAGGUCUUUCUAACCUGUUCUCCAUUGGAAAAAGAAAGUCAAGUUUGGGAGAUGGUUCUACUCCAGAAAAGCGAUUGCGCACUGAAUCAACUUCUAAUGCACCCCAUUCUCCUUGGAAAACCAAAAGAUUGAAAAUAGAUCUGAUAGCUGCCAAAGCUCAGAUAACAAAGUUGGAAGCUCGCGUAAAUCACCAGCAUACAAUUCGUAAAGAGAUGCAGAUUUUAUUUGAGGAGGAGAAGGCAUCUUUAGUUGAGCAGCAUAAAAGAGAUGAGCGUGCUUUGGCUGAUAUGGAAGAUAGACUUCAGGUCAUCAGAAGGAGAGAGCAAGAAUUGAGAGAAGAGUUUAAUGAGGCUAUUAAAGAACAAAAAGAUGCUAAAGCAAACUGGGACAAAGAGAAAAAUGAAUUGUUUAAACAGAUAGCUGAACUAAAAGAGAAGUUACUUGAAUCAAAUGUCAGCAGUAAAGAUCAACUCUCUGAGAUGAAGAAAGAUAUGGAUGAGUUAUUGCAGGCUUUAGAAGGUGCACAGACAGAGGUAGAAAUAUUGAAGAAAGAAGUUGCUAAACAGACAGCACGGGCCGAGCAGUGCAUAACACUUAAAAAUCAGCUUGAGAAGCAAACAUUUGAGUUACAACAAGUCACCAGCAAACUUAAAGAGAUUGAGUAUGAGAGAGACUCUUACAAAGACUGGCAGCAACAGGCCAAGACAGCUCAAAAAAGACUUUCAAACAUGGCCGAGCUAGAGAAGGAAGUGGUCCGUCUUCGAGCUACAGAGCGCUCACUCAGAGAUGCGGUGUGCAACAAGCUAUUACUGGAGGAGCAAGUUCACCAGCUUAACUCUAGACUUGAGGUGUUGCAGCCGGUUCAGCAGGAAUUGCAUGAAGCUAAAGUGAAAGUAGCAUCUCUGGAAGCGUCCUUGGAAGAGUGGAAAACUGCAGCCAGGAAUCAUGGCGUGGAAAACGCGAGAGCUCUAUCAUCAGCUCUGGAGACAGCAUUGACCAGCCAGCUCACCGCUACAGCGACGAGUUCUCAGGCACAGUCGCAGCUGGCACAGCUUACAGAGGAAAUGACCACUGUAAAAUAUGAGCGUGAUAAGGCUACAACAAAACUGAAUGACCUACAAACUGUGCGCAAGAACCAAGAGAGUCUCAUUCAUAGAUUGCAAAAACGUUUGCUACUGGUUUCUAGAGAGAGAGACAGCUACAGACAACAAUUGGACUGCUACGAAAAGGAGUUGACAGUGACUUUGUGUGGUGAAUCUGGCGCUGGUAGCGCGGCGUUAUUAUCCGCGAGGGUCGAACAACUGGAGAGGGCUUUGCAGGGAUACCGCGAUCUACUCGCAACGCACGACCACCAGGCAAACACUAAACAGGUUGAAACUCUUCGAGCGGAAGUUACUAAAUGGCGAGAUGAAGCAGAGGCGCUUCGUCGUGACGUACAAAAAUUACGCACACAGAGAGAUACUCUCCAAGCACACAUGGAGCGACUCGACACCGCUCCCAAGACUAAGGUUAUCCAUUUGACUGACAAUCCCGCAGCUGCUGCACAUAAGCAAGUGCAACAGGACCUGGAAACGGCACAGGAAGAGAUAAAAAGACUAAAAGCCGCACUACGUGAAGGUGGAUCUCGUGACAUCUCAGAAGAAACGCAGAAAUUGCGACAGCAACUAGAGAGCAGGGAUGUCAAACUGAAAAGAAUGAAGGAAGAAUUUACGUCUUCAGCACAAGAAUACAGGGACGUCUGUUAUAUGCUAUUAGGUUAUAAAAUUGAUAGGACGGGACAUAAAAACUACAGAAUAUCGAACAUGUAUGCUGAAUCUGCUGACGAGUACCUUACGUUUACAUUAUGCGACGAUGGUAUAGAAAUGGUACACACAGAGUAUUCUGCGUCUUUAGACGAACUGGUCGAGUUACAUCUGCAUCAGCACAGAUCUAUACCGGUGUUCCUCAGUGCAUUAACGUUGGAUUUGUUCACAAGGACAACUAUGCAACAUGAAAUACAAGAAUGUUGAGCUUGUGCACUUCAUGGAUGACGUUUUGCCGCGCUUCUAUAUUUUGACAUCUGCUGAAGUACGUGAUGGCGAUGGAGUUUUCGGUUCGGGUAUUUUAAGAUAGCUCAUGUGUACAUAACGAGUGGGGAACGUUGUAUAGAAGCUGGGGGUACUAAGAGGGUUGUUUACACCGAUCUGUACAUUUGAUGUAAGGAAAAGUAACUAUUAUAUAUGAUCAAUUUGUAAUCACAUUGCUACUUCUUAAGUAAAAAUUCUCAAAAAAAUACCAGUCUCAUCUGUGUCUAUAUGAUACGCAACAUUUACAAGGUAUUUCAUAGCAUACUGUGUUACAUAGCAUUUGUAAAUAAUAUUUAGUUUCAUUAUGUAGUAAAACUUUGCAUUACAUUUUUAUUUUUGACAUUUUUAUGUAAUUUUAUUAAUUAUUUGUUGGCAGUUGAUAACUAUCCGGAUAUAUGUUCUUAUUAAUACAAAGCUGUGAGCUGGAAGAUUAGAGGUUUUCGAUUAUGAAUGUAGUUUUACUGUAACUUUUUUUAGAUUUAAAAACAUUCCAUGGUUUAGGAGUGUUGAAAUUUGUAAAAAAUGUCUUUAUAUUUCCCUUAUAUUGAAGUAGAAAAAAUUUAUGAAUAAUACAGUCACACAGACAUACAUUAGGCUAUUAUAAAAGGCCAAAGUUUUGCUUUCAGUUUUGAACUUUACUCUCCACAGAUUAAGGCAUAAAAUAAUUUAAAAAAAUAAUGUAAUAAAUUAAUGUUCUGUUAAAUGUACAGUUUGUUAUUUUUAUCAUAUUAUUAAUAACAAGACUGGUAUUUACGUAUUGAAAGUGUAUUUAGAAAUGUAUUUAGAAAAGCUACACUACCACAAUGAACAAAAAACUUACAGUAGGUAAACGUCUUUGAAGUUGCCACAUUUGCUGAAAUUAUUGUACACACGUAUGUGGGGUAUCAGUAAUAUAAUUUAAAAAGAAAUAUCAGUCUCAUUGCCAUGUGGUACGUGUUAUUAUUGUAACAUUAAAAAAUAGGUAUCGCGUUAUUAUAUCUGGGUGUCCUAAGCGAGUGUGUGGCAGGUUGAGCUCACUACUGCUCCCCUUUCUCAAACACCAGACGUGCCCGUUUAUUGACUGUACGGAAUGUAUCCUUCUAUAGUCCAGUCGCCAAACAGAGAAUUUCGUACAUUGGCCUUUAUGCCUACUGGUAGAUAUUGUUACUAUUUAAGGUUUACUUUACUAUAACAAAAUUGGCUACAUGCAUCUGUGUGCGCGCAAUAAUUGCAAUGUGUUUGCGCACGAUAUGUAAUGCCGGGUAAUUGUACGAAAUACAUACCUACGUCACUGUUCAGCGAUUGGGUUAUUCUCCUAUUUUUUGCUGUUACAGUGUGAUAAUAUUUUCUUUAGUUUUUAAUAACUUACUUAAGUAUUUCAGUUGUGACAAGCUCGAAUGUAUGCUUCGAAUCAACUAAUAAAUUUUGCAUGAUAUUAAACAAAUAUUUUGCGAAUAUUGUAUAACUAUUAAGACGACAUUGUAUUCUGUAAAAACACAUAAAUCUUAAUUAAUUUGAAUCUAUAGGCCUAUGAUUCUUAUUAAAAAUAAAUAAUUGAGUAAGUGU